AACAUGGCGGUGUGUCAUCACUUGCAUCGAGCCAAUUUUCUUCAAAUGCGUAGAGAUCCUCCUGCAACAUAUUUUUCCUCGCGAAAACGAAUGAUGACAAGUCAAUAAAAUGAGGGGUUCCAGAGAAGAAAAAGCGGAUUCAGCCUCUUCGGGUGAAGAUGAGGAAUCAUUGAGAGAAUUGAAACAGGCAAUUCAGGCAAGCAGUAAAGGAGCAAAAAAGACCAAAAACAAAAGUCAACUUCAUGAACUGUGCACAGUAAAUGGGAUCAAAUUUGAAAAGCUUCAGAAAGGAGCAGGAAAGAAUGUUGCUAGCCUGGAGAUGUUCUUCUCUGGAUUUCCCAAGAUUAUUGGUAUGGAGAACUUCCCAGAUCUUCAAAAUUUAACUCUGAUGGGACAACAGAUUACAACACUGGAGAAUCUGGACUGUUUGCCAAACCUUACAGAGUUAUGUGUGUCUGAAAGCAAGAUAACUGCUAUCUCUGGCCUUGAUGGCUGUAAGAAGUUGAAAAAGCUGUUCUUAUAUGACAACAAGAUUACAAAGAUUGAGAAUAUUUCUCACCUGGAACAGCUGAAUGUUUUAUGGCUGAACAACAACAAUAUCAUUGCAAUUGAGGGCUUAGAGAAGCUUCUUUAUCUCCUUGAUCUGAACUUGGCAGGAAAUAAGAUUACAGAAAUUGGGAAUUCUCUCAAUGGAAACUUAAAUCUAAAAACUUUGAAUUUGUCAGCAAAUUGCAUUGCAUCCUUAAAGGAUCUUACAAACUUGUCACAGCUGCCAUGUUUGGAGUCUCUAAGUUUAAAAGACCCUGUGUACGGGCCAAACCCAGUGGCUUUGCUGUGCAACUACUCAACACAUCUCUUGUUUCACCUGCCAAACCUGAAAAGAGUGGACUCCUACAAUGUGGACGAUAAAACACUGAAGGAACUGGCAGAGACCACAGUGGUUAAGAAGAAGAUGUAUUACAACAUGCGCGUGAAGACGAUGCAGAGAAACAAGGCUGACUUGCUUUUCAGACUGGAGACUGAGAGAGCAAAUCUUCAAGCUGAACCCAGGAACCGAAUGCUUAAACUCUUUUCAGCCGUCAAAGAUAUAGAGAGAGAGGUUGAGGAACAAAGAGAGGGAUUGUCAUCAUCUUUUAAAGAAAACAAAAAUCCCAUUAGUCCUGUUGCAGGGGACGAGGGGAAGAAAGAAAACUUGGAAGAGAAAGAGACCCUAGCGACUGAUACAAUGAUGUUCUCACAGAAGCUGCAAAAGAAGAAGGAAGCACUGCUGAAAAGAAUUUCGAAACUACAGAGACAGCGUGAAGAAAUUAAUCAGUGUCAUCAGGAGAGUUGUGAGCAAGUCAAUAAUGUCUCCGAGAUGACAGUUCAGCGGCUGUUGUUGGAGUUGGAGACUGGAGGAAAUGUGCGCUUUGAAGACGGCAAACAAACAGAUCCGUGGUACAAGUCCUGUCAUGAUCUGAUUUUUUCAAGGUUCUGUGUUGGAGACUACUUGGGUUUGGGAAUUUCUGGUAUCAAGGUUCACAGGAUUACGAGAAUCCAUAACAGAAUCUUAAGAACGAGAUUUGAUGAUAAACUUGAUCUGAUAUUGGACCGGGAUGAUAUUUCGGAGCUAACCCAGGGAAGAUCAUACAAAAGGCUUCUAGAAUAUCUCUUCUUUAUGUGGAAUCCUGCUCUGCUCAACGGAAAUGGUGAACCGAUAAGAGUACUGGAGGAGGGCUUCCGGCCGGCACAAGUUUAUGAGAGCUUAAAUGAAGAGGGUGGAGUCCCACUGGCCAACAGUGUUAGUGUCUGUGACAGAUCAAGAGUGGAUUUUCUCAGGAAACGGGCUAGGGAAAGAGGAAGUACUGACCAGUGUCCGUUUAGACACGGUCAGCUGAUUGUAGCUAAAGUGUUUGUCGGAAAAGUCGUCCCGGCAAAAAAUGAAAACAAGAUCACUAGAGCAACAUAUCGCGGAGUAGACUCAGUAUUUCGAGCGCGAAAACACGAGAACUGUCCGAGCAGACCUGGAUCGACAAUAAAGAGACAAGUUAUGGACACGAGUUGCGAGUGCAGCGCGCGGCAGUGCGCGUGGUUCGUGUUUGAUCACGAGAUGGUAUUACCGGAGUACGUGGUGGAUUUCGAAUAUAUCACCAAGGUGAAACCCAAAUCUUCGUUUAUUUAUUAUUACGGGGAUGUGACCACGCCAAGUUAUAAACAGAACGGGGAGCCUGGGGAGGAGAAAGAAAACAUUCCUGACGAGGAUGUUUUGAACAUGGAACCUGUUAUUCCUACAAGACCAAGGUUUAUUGCCCUAACAGAAGAACUGUUGUUUAAAAGGUGCAAUGUGGAGUGUUUGGAACAUAUUGUUUGCUUAAAUCUCCAUGGCAACGGUCUGAGCCGCUUACAGCUCGUGAAUUGUAUGACGGCCCUCAAGAGGUUGACAGUCAGCUACAAUGAACUAACGCGAUUGGAUGACGUCAGUCACAUGAUAUUUUUGGAGUAUCUUGACGUCAGUUUUAACAAAAUUACAACCUUGGAUGGAUUGAAGGGCUGCAAUCGUCUAAAGCAUUUAGAUGUGAGUUGGAACCUUCUGACGCACACCCGAGAGGAACUGGGCAUCAUGAGGAAACACGUGAUCACUCUUACUUAUCUGGACACGCGCAAUAAUCCUUGGCAAAAACCCGAAACUUUAAGAAUGCGAGCUCUUGGUAGACUGAAAAACCUGGAGUACUUGGAUGGAGUUCAAGUCACUGACGAGGAGAUGACAACAGCGUUAAAGAUGGCGGCCGCUUCCCGCCCUUCUUCUUUCGCUAUUCUGGCGCAUGCUCGGACAGACCAGAGCAAACCGCGCACUUUGAGCCUGGUACCGACUGCUCAAGCUAUCCUGGCCAGCAGUCAAAAUAGACCUGUUAAGUUACAAGACGAUGACAGCCAAUGGUUUAUCAAGGUUACAACGGUGAACCUCGAUAAUCAGCAUCUUGGAAAAUUAGCGAACAUGGAGCAACUGGAAAAUUUACGAUGGGCGUCUUUCAACGGCAACGAUCUUACUAAGAUUGAGGGUCUCGAGUCUUGUGUUCAUUUGGAGGAGCUUUCUGUUGAAAACAACUGCAUUAACAAGUUUGAAGGGUUAAGUAAGCAGUCCAUGCUAACAUGGCUAAGCCUGGCUGGGAAUCAACUCACUACUCUUGAUACCGGAAUGUUGGAGAAGCUUCCUCGAUUGAGAUAUUUAUCCGUGGAAAACAACGCCAUAUCUCAUCUACGUGGCUUGCAGAAUUGUCAGAGCCUCCAGGAGUUUUACAUAGGAAACAACACACUAGCGAAUAUACGAGAGGUUUACAAUCUCAAGACUCUCCCCAGUCUUCUUAUUCUGGACCUAUGCGGUAAUCCGAUGUCUACCGCUGGUCAGAACUACCGUUUGUUCGUUAUUUAUCACUUGAUAUCACUCAAGGCUUUGGAUGGAUUAGCUGUGGAAACUUCAGAGGGAAGUCUGGCCAAAGAUAUGUUUGGAGGAAGGCUAACUCCUGAUUUUAUUGCCGAACGUUUGGGACACUCAAACUUCUCCGAUCUCAGAGAGCUUGACUUACCCCACAGCUCACUAAGAACUGUGGAUCUUGGAACUAAAGACGCUUUUUUUAACCUGAGAAGUGUGAAUCUUGAACAUAACUCACUCACUUCAUUUGGCGGCUUGGUGAACCUCAUCAAUCUUAAGGUCCUUUGUCUUAAUCAUAAUCACAUUGAAUGCGUGGUCGCAAAGCCCAAAGCAACGUCACCAGCAAACGCGCCGAAACGAGGCAGUGAUGUCUCUUCGGGAUUGGAGAUUACAAACCCAGAGAAUUUUACUCCAGUUCUCCCCAAUCUCGAGGUUCUUCACUUGGGGUACAAUGGUAUUACCAAUAUGGCGGCCCUUCACUUGUCACGACUAACUAACCUAAGGGCUCUGUUUCUACAGGGAAAUGAAAUAAACAAGGUGGAAGGACUUGAAAGACUCCAAGAACUUCGCGAACUUGUUUUGGAUCGAAAUAAGAUCAAGAAUCUUUCCAGCACGUCAUUUAUGAGUCAAUGGCAUUUAACAGAGUUGCAUAUGGAAGAAAACAGGAUAAGAGAACUUUCUAACCUGGAGCCUCUUCAAAAUCUCCAGCGGUUGUACUUAGGAAUGAACCGUAUUCAAGACAUAGCAGAGUUGGAAAAGCUGGAAUGUUUAAGGCACCUGGUUGAACUUUCGGUCAUAAAUAACGCGGUCACUCGACGUCUUCUGCACCGACCCUUGUUAGUCUACCGCAUGCCCAACCUUUUGUGCAUCGAUGGGAUCCCUGUGUCGAGUGACGAGAAAACUAAAGCCGAGCUGUAUUUCAUGGAACAACAGAGUGGAAUGCAAAGCAUGACGUCAGCUUUGGAACCCAGUCUCCCAGGAAUCGUGACAACACGUUCCCAGGCUCCGCUUCGGGUGACAACAGUUCAGUUGAGCAGCACCACGGACCGUAACUGGGGAAUUACUGGUUUAAGACAAGAAUUUCCAAACGGAACGCUACUAAGAACAGGCGAACAGCAACAGGAUAAAGCUCGUCGUCGCGCGGGCAAUGUGCGUGGAGGCUCGAACCACUCGCUCCAAACCUUGUCAACCUCUGACUCCACCCACAGCUUGUCAGGGGACAGAUACGGACGUACUUCCGUCAGUCUCAGUACACAACAGUCAGGUGGCAUCAGCAGGCAGCCACAGGCCUCCUCGUCUGCGCCCUAUAUUGCACAGGGGUCUUACUCUCCUUACAACGUGAAUGGUGACGUCACUGAUACAAGCAGGAGUAAGAAUACUCGAUUCAAGUAGAGUAUACGUAUUUGAGUACUUGAUGGCGGUCAAAUUAGUUAUCCAUGGGAAUGUGGCAGAGAAGCAGAGUUCUUCUAUUCAAGAACACGCUCAUUGGGUAGAGAAGGAUUCGUUAUCAUUUUCGCUUCUGCAAAAGACAUUGUACAAACACAGUUCAAAUCAACAUCUGGAUAUAGUUUUCAUGAGGCCUCACUCCAGUUUUAUUUCAGUUGUGCGACAGUUUGCUUCCGGAUAGACUUUGCUAGUUACAUGGGUAGCCUUCAGAACAGGCGAAUUUAUUUGGACUUUUCAGGCGAUCGAAGGCAAGCACGAAUCACGCGCGAGGAGAGGACAAAUAUAUCAUGAACAAAAUUGUUUUUUCGCACCUUUCUCCUCGCGCAUGACUCGCGCUUCGUGUUCGCCUCGCACUUUCCUUAGUUCGCCUUAAAUGCGCCAAAAGAUCUCACCUGUUCUGUAGGCUAAUAGCUGACAAUUUCAUUGACCUGCAAUGAGAUGUCCCAGGAAAAACUCUACAUAAAAUCUGAACUAGAGAAAUAAUAAUUUUUUUUUAAUGUUUUGCCCUCUGGUAAUGUUUCAUAUUGAAAAUAAUACACCAGAGGAUACAACCUAUGCUAUAGAGGACCAAAACUUUAAGGAAAUGUUAGAAAUGGAAAUAAAAACAUGGAGACAUUAUUUUUAGAAAUCCCUUCAAAUUGGACCGAAUUAAUCCAGUAUUCUCACUUUUCACACAUUCCUUCCCCAACCCCAAGGAACACGAUCAAUAUCUCGCAUAAAUAGAUUUAUUUAAUCUUGAACCAUAAUACAUAAAUUCUGAACCAAUUUUACAAAGGUCCUGGUGAUUUUUACGUUAUCAACGCUGACCAUUACUUAAGAAUAGCCAAGUAAAUUUGAUGAAUGACCCGAGAAACCAACAGAUAACUCUAGAGCACUUCUUAAACCCUUUCACUCCCAAAAUCUCAUUAGCAAUUCUCCUUACUGUCUGUCACAAUAUUCUUAUCAUGUUAGUUUGAAGAAUUUGGUAUUGGAUCAACCAAUUAUUCCUUAAUUUACAUUUUCUUUUAUUUUCCUCACUUGUCUGAUUGAUAUCACAGUAUUAUUGUAAGGAGAAAUUCUGUCUUAAACACUUGGGGGAGUUGAAGGGUUAAAGACCUCUAUUUACUGUUAACUGAUUCAACAAAGCUUCCUUGGCAAUUCCAAAAACGUAUCAAAAUUACAGUACAUAUGAAAAAAUAUGAUACGCUUUCAAAAAUACCUUUUUUUUUUCUCCUCUGCUUCAUAACAUCAAUGACAUGAUGCGGUAAAAACUAUCAAUGGAAUGGUAUUUUGGAAUUCAUAAACGUAUAACUUUUCUUUAAACAAUAAACAUUUUCUGGACAUUUUAACGUAAAUGUACAAUGUUAAUAAUUUUGUAGAUGAGAAUCAUUAGUAAUACUGAUGGUAAAAGAAAAAAAAAUCUAGGGAAGGCUAGGGUAGAUCAUUUUCAGUAAUUCUGAAACAAUAAUCUAAUUAUUGCAAAAAGUUUUCCCGAGGAAAAAAUACAUGAAGCACUGGUGAUUCAAACUGUUCAAAUAUCCUAAAAAACAAUAACUGUAGGGGGCUUGCAGCUGCAAUCAUGACUUUCAUUUAUAAUAAUAUCACAAAAAUUCCCCAAAAGUGAACAUGAUAGAGAAUCCAAAUAAAAA